AUGGAGAUAAAACACAUCAUUCUACUUUGUUGGUAUAUUUUACUUUGCUCUCUUUGCAACUACGGUACGCAGAGUAAAACAUUUGAUUGUGCUGUACAUUGUACUUGCCAAAAGGAAAUCAUGCAAUGCCUUGGCUCUGAAAUGCAUGAAAUACCAACUAUCUUAGAACGAAAUCAAUCUAAAUUUACAACUUUAAACUUAAGAUUUAAUAAGAUUCAAUCUAUUGAAAAUAAUUCUUUCAUUGGUUUAGAAGGAUUAUCUGAACUCGAUUUAACUGGGAAUAGAAUUAGCGUCUUAUCGCAAGAAAUGUUGACUGGACUAAAGAAUGUAUGGAAUUUGAACUUAAAACGUAAUUUUAUGCGAAGUUUUACAUCUGAAGCAUUCAGUAAAAACAAUACUCUUCAAAACUUAAAAUUGCACGAUAAUUUCAUGGUGCAACUUCGUCAAGGAUCAAUGGAUACAGUUCCGAACUUGAAUUAUUUGUAUAUUGGAGGGAAGUUCUUCACAGGAUUUGACGCAAACAGUUUACAUCAGUUUAAUAAUUUAAAAUUAUUGUACACACGUAUAGAAAAUUUGCCUCUUGGAUUAUUCAGUGAGAAACCAAACCUAAGAAUAGUAUACCUACAAAUGAAUAAGAUUAGAGUAAUACCAGAUGGAAUUUUUAAUCAUUCAACAAGAAUUAGUAAAAUAUAUCUAAAUGAUAAUCAGUUAACUAAGCUAACAAGCUCCAUUUUUGCUCAUUUAUCAAAGCUAACUAUAAUGAAGUUAUCCUCUAAUCGAAUCCUUAAAUUGGUUAAUAGAACUUUUUCCACGUUCAUUUCACUAGUAAAACUUGAAUUAUCCAGCAAUCUCAUUGAAGUUAUUGAACGUAAUGCAUUUACUGGCUUGAUUAAUAUUGAAACUAUCGUAAUACUUGAAAGAUUCUUAGAUAAUAAUGCCAUCGACAAUAUUGCAGUUGGAGCAUUUAAGGGAUUAAUUAGAUUAAGAGAAUUAUGGCUGCAGGGAAAUAAUUUGGCAUUUAUUAAUAGUGGUAUGCUGUCAUAUUUAAGCAAUUUACAAAUCUUGCAAUUAUCUGACAAUCAAAUAAGCUAUCUGGAUAAUGACAGCUUAAGUUCCCUAAUUAAUCUUGAUAUGUUAAAUUUGGCGAAUAACAGACUUACUAAUCUCUCCUCCGCUGCAAUGAAUGGUUUAAUUGCUCUAAGUACCUUGUAUUUGGACGAAAAUAGGCUAAAACAAUCUAACUUUAUUCAAAAUUUACAUUUACCAAAAUUACGUCAAUUGUAUUUAAGAAAUAAUGAGAUUAGAAUCUCGGGACAAAUUGUGAUAGACAAAUUAUAUCAGUUAGAGAUGAUGGAUUUAUCAUAUAAUUAUCUUCAUCAUUUACCGCAAUUUCAUGGGCAAGAUCAGAUAGAAAGGCUACAAAUUGGUAGUAAUCUUCUUGAUUCUAUCCGAUUUUUGAAGAAUGCUUCAAGUUUGAUAAGUCUGACGUUAAUCAAUAAUAAUAUUGAUCGCCUUGACAAAAUUAUUCUGGACGAUUUGAAAAAAUUGCAAAAACUAUCGCUAAGGGAAAAUCAGAUAAAUGAAUUACAUGGCCGAGAUUUUAAGACUGUUCUUAGUUUAACGGCAAUCUAUUUGGAUUAUAACAAUAUUUCAAGCUUAAUGGAUACAAUUUUUAAUCAGCUUUACAAACUUCAAACUUUGGAUAUUGGAUUUAACAAUCUGGCUCAAAAUAUUCCUGAAUUCGCCUAUCGCAUAUUCCGCCGCGAUUUACAACUGACUCGGCUUGGGAUCAGUGGAAAUGGAUUUACUCACUUAUGGCAGGCUUAUCGUAAUGGUUUUUUCAAAAAAGAGAUCGGAUUAGACAUUAGUUAUAACAAUUUACCAGCAGAUGAAGUAAAAAACCUGAUUGGCAACAUCUUUCCUCUUUACAUUUGUCGUUACUUCAGAAGGAUUGGAAGAGAAAGUAUAUUAUUAUACAUGUCUCGUUGCUGGUCUACGUAUUUAGGUUUAAGUGGUUUAAAAUUACGGCAACUUCCAGGCGACGGUUUACGAUCUCUAGAAGGCUAUAUUUAUGCCUUCCGCCAACUCUCCGGUAAUAAGUUGAAAACUAUCACAAAUAGGCAGAAUGUUCGCUUCUUAAAAUUACAGCUAUUAAAUAUAUCUGAUAACGCCAUCUUAAAUUUUUGCAAUAAUAAUUGGCAGAAGUUUGCUCCGAUGUUGGAAAUGAUGUAA